GCGCCGGCCUGACGGACGGACGCGCGGACGGACGGACGCUCGGACUGAGCCGCGGCGGCCGGGACCCGCCCGUCCAGCGCUCGCCGGGGCCGCGGCCACCCCCGGGCCGGUCCGGCGGCCGCGGCGCGCGCGCCCCAUGGGGCCACAGUGUCCGUAGGCGACCGCUUGGGGCUUCCGAAUGCACAGCCGCAGGGAAGAUAUGGAAAUCGCGUCCCACUACCGGCAGCUGCUGCGGGAGCUGGAUGAGCAGCGGCAGCACGGAGUCCUGUGUGACGCAUGUGUGGUGGUGGAGGGCAAGGUCUUCCGCGCACACAAGAACGUGCUGCUGGGCAGCAGCCGCUACUUCAAGACGCUGUACUGCCAGGCGCAGAGGGCGCCCGGCCAGGCCACGGUCACCCACCUGGACAUCGUCACGGCCCAGGGCUUCCAGGCCAUCAUCGACUUCAUGUACUCGGCCCACCUGGCGCUCACCAGCAGGAACGUCAUCGAGGUCAUGUCUGCCGCCAGCUUCCUGCAGAUGACGGACAUUGUGCAGGCCUGCCACGACUUCAUCAAGGCCGCCCUGGACAUCAGCAUCAAGCCCGACGCCUCCGACGAGCUCUCGGAGUUUGAGGUGGGCGGCUCAGGCGGCGGCACGGACGCGCUCAUCUCGGCCGUGAUGGCCGGCAGGAGCAUCUCCCCGUGGCUGGCACGGCGCACGAGCCCCACCAACUCCUCGGGGGACUCAGCCAUCGCCAGCUGCCAUGAGGGCGGGAGCAGCUACGGGAAGGAGGACCCCGAGCCCAAGGCCGAGGGCGCCGAGGACCUGGGCCCCCAGGCACUGUGGCCGGGCGACAUGGUCUGCGGGACUCUGUCCAUCAAGGAGGAGCAGGUCUCGCCGUCGCCGUACGGGGAGAGCGAACUGCCCUGCCCCCGGGAGGCUGGCGCCCAGAACCCUUUCUCAGAGCAGGCCAGCGGCGACAGCUGGCAGCCCGCAGGCCGCCGGAAGAACCGGAAGAACAAGGAGACGGUGAGGCACAUCACGCAGCAGGCGGGGGACGGGAGCCGGGCCGGCUCCCCGGUGCCGUCCUUCCUGCCUGCGUCCACCUGGCCCUUCAGCAGUCGAGACUCAGGUGCAGACUUGGCCAUCCCUGAAGCUGGCGGCCCCGACAGGCACGGGGACAGGGCAGACCUCUAUGCGCACGUGGAGGAGAGCCUGCUGGGCGGGGACGUGGGCUGCCUGGGCCCGCCGCUCACCCCCGAGAAGGACGAGGCGCUGCAGCAGGCCGCCGCGGUGGCCAACCUGCGGGCAGCGCUCAUGAGCAAGAACAGCCUGCUGUCACUCAAGGCCGACGUCCUGGGCGAGGAGAGCUCCCUGCUGCUGGAGUGCCUGCCGCCUGGCGCCCACUCCCUGUCCUUGAACGAGUUCACGGUCAUCAGGAAGAAGUUCAAGUGCCCGUACUGCAGCUUCUCCGCCAUGCACCAGUGCAUCCUCAAGCGCCACAUGCGCUCCCACACGGGCGAGCGGCCCUACCCCUGCGACAUCUGCGGCAAGAAGUUCACACGGCGCGAGCACAUGAAGCGGCACACGCUGGUGCACAGCAAGGACAAGAAGUACGUGUGCAAACUGUGCAGCCGGGCCUUCGUGUCGGCCGCCAGCGUGGGCAUCAAGCACGGCUCGCGGCGCCACGGCGUGUGUGCGGACUGCGCCGGCCACGGCACCGCGGGGCCCCUCGACGGCCCCGGGGCCGAGGGCUCCCCCGAGCUCUUCGCCGGGGAGGGGCCCUACCUGGACGACCCCGAAGACCCGCGUGGGGAGGGCGAGGAAGAGCUGGGCGAGGAGGAGGACGAGGACGAGGCCAAGUGGAAGGAGGACGUGGGGCUGGCCCACGAGGACUCCCUGCUGGACAAGGCCGAGGAGCUGGACGGGGGCCCCAAGGACCUGGCCUGGGUCUCCUGAGGCCCCCGCACUCCUGGGCCCGCUGCCAGGGCCGGGGCCAGCACCCCCGGGCGCACAGGGCCAGCCUGUUCCCCGCACUGAUGGCCCCGCCCCCUCAGGUCAGUGACGUGGGGGGGCCGCCCUCACCUGGCUGCCCUCUGGCUGCUGCCGGCUCAGGUGCUAUCUACCGAGGCAGCACCCUGGCCUGGGUCUGCGUUCUGUGCACUGGCAGGGGGCUGCCCCUGCUGGCCUUCUUGCUGCUACAUGGGCGAGGCCUGAUGGUAUGGUGACGUCCUAAGGUCGUGUGUGGCCCCCUCUGGGGUGUCCAGCCAGGGGCCCCGAUGGAGGUCAGCCCUGCACAGGCCUGCCGUGGCCCCCUCCACUUCCCACAGCCCCCACCCAGCACCAAACCCGCCGUGGGCAGCAGCUGCCCCUAUCAGGGGACAGGGACCCCGACCUGGAAGCACUGUGGGGGCGGGUGGGGGGCACUGCCCCUGCUGUUUCUGCAGGAACCUUUGCAAACCCGGCGUGGGCACAGCCUGCCCUGCUCUCAGGUCAUCUUGCUUGGGGGCUGCCAGGGUCCCGAGUGGGCAGGCCAGCGGCCAGAGCGGCACACCGCACCGAGGGAAGAUGUGCGGAGGGACCGGCCUGGCCGGCUUCCAGCGAGCACGGCAGGAAGCCUCGAGACGAGGGUUUUUUAUGUGAUUUUUUUUUUAAAUCGAUGUUUAAUAAAUAUUUUUUUAUGAAGAGGAGAACGUGUAGGUGACAUUUCACGUUUUGUACCUUUUGUUUGUGUGUGUGUGUUGGUGUUCGCAGCACCAAAGUGGAGACGGCGAGGGUGGGUGGGCAUCUGGGGACCGGUCACGCCAGUGCGGGCACCGCCCCGGGAAGACCCGAGACGGCAGGAACUGGAAUCCGCAGCUCUGGGAACCGACUGCUCCGGGACCGCGCCUGCAGAGCCAUCCUCACGGGCGCCGGCCCCAGGGCUCCAAGCCCGUGCUCGGCUGCGCAGCCCAGUCACUCUUGCAACAUGCUUCCCCCUGCCUGGACGCGCGGUGGGCCCGGCCCGCACCCCAGGCGCGGCUCUGUGACGGGACUGGCUCAAUAAAGCGGGAUCUGCUGCUCCGGCCUCGCCUCCUGUGUCCGAAGCGCCGCCCACCCGACGAGCCCGGGGCAAGUGCAGGGGGGGAGGGAGAGAGGAAGGGGGGAGGGGGCUUCUCGGGCACUUUCUGGAGUCCAGGCCGCAGAGGGGACACUUCCCCGCCCUCCCCAGCAGCCGCCAAGUGUCCACUGGGCUGAGGGCCACGGCCAGGCUGUGCUGCUCUGACCCCACGCGGGGGAGACCGAGAGGGUCCCCAGGGCCCCCAGCCAUCCGCGGCCCGAGGCUAUGCAGGUGUCUGGCGGCCCAGCUCGGUGCGGAGUCCCCACCGCACAAGCCCAAGCUCGCAGCACGCGGAGACUCGGUCUGGCGCAGCGUGGUCCGGGGCCUCCCCCCGCACGUGUCCACCCCCGCUGCGAGCCCCCGCCCCCGUCAAUCCCGAGGCUCACGCUCACAUUGGCGGGCCUGGGGCUUGGAGCCGGGAGCCAGUCGCUGGGACUCCACGGCCCCUGGCCCGGUGCUCGAAGGCCCUGGGUCCAUGGCCUGAGGGGGCCAGCGCGGUGGUCCUGCGUGCUUGCAGCGGGCUCUGGGCCCCUCUGCCUAGGCUUGGUCACCUGGAGCACAUGACGUCCAUCUGGAAGGUAUACAACCCGGGGACGCAAGCGCUGUCCACUCUGCAAGUGCUCCCUGUUGGCCGCGCUGCUCGCACCGCAUCCUCCUCUGCGCAGGGCAGGCCUGGCCAGCCGGGCCAGCAAGGGGCCUACACCAGGCUGGGGUCACUGCAGCUGAAGACCAAGGCCCACACUUCAGGACCCCCUUAUCUCAGGACCCCCACAGAUCAGGCUGCGUAUCUCAGAGCCCCCCAGACCCAGGUUUCCCCCCAGAGGUGAGUCAGCACCUCUGACCUUGCCUGAGGCCCUGGGCCCUUCAGCUCCUGCCAGGGGGUGGGUGGGCAAGCAGAUGGCCAAGGCCCACGCGUGGUGGACGGGUCUGGCGGGGAGCAGCCACUGAGAUCCUGAGAUCUGAGGUUUUCUCCAAAGAGAGCAGCUCUCUGCUGGGGUCCAGCAGGCACUUAGCAAGGCCUGUCCAGUGACCGGGCAGCGACAGCAGCUCUGCACCCCCACCUGCCUGCCAUCAGCCGGCACUCUGUCCAGGGCCAGCCCGAGAGUGCAGACUGCAGUGGCCAUGUGCCGUGGGGCAGGCACGAGCAGGGGGCAUGGCCAGCCUGGA